CGGGAACUGGACUCUUCUGAGCCAGACUUUUGCUAAAGUUUUCCACUCGGGCUUUUGUGAAUGUCUCUCAAAAGGAAGGUCAGAUUUUUGGGGGGUAAAAUCCCUCUUGAUGUGGGCUUGGAAGAAAUCCACUGUCUCUCCCCCCACCCGAAAUAAAAACUGAAUGGUGGCUGUGUGCCAGACUGCCUUGUUUUCCCAGGAACUGCGUGUAUGGAUCUGACACUUCAGCAACAGGGAAGUUUCUGGUGGCGAUGGGAAAUAAAUACACACACAGCUUCGGAUCUGACAAGACAACGUAGCCGGGAUGCGAUCCCGUGGUCUGGAUCUCUUAACGGAUUCUAAGGGAAUAGACAAAGAAUUAAGAGGACCGUUGGUUGCAUAUUUAUGUAUUUAAGGUGAACUUUGUCACGGCAGUUUUAAAAUGGACAUUCAUGUGCUUGGCUGGGGUUUGGACUGGUGAGGCGUUCAUUGUCUAGGGUUGUGGUGGGUUUUGUUUCGUUUUGGGAAGAUGUUUCUUUCCAGACCAUUGAAAAUUGUCUUCGCGGGAUGCUGUAUUGUUGCGUAGAGCUGAUCGUUCCAUAAUGAACUGGUAAAUUUCUUUUCUCCCUUUCUCUCGCCUUUCAAAGCGCUAAUGCUUUGUAAAUGCUCCGAAUCGCAAAUCCGUUUUAGGGAUUAACACCGAUCUCUUGGAAAGACGCUCUGGCGCUUUCAUCUGAGGACAGGUUUUUGGCCGCGAGUGUCGAUUUUUGAAGCCUAGUGCAGAGGAGAUUAUUUUUGUAAAGACACCCUCCCCCUUCAUUUUUCCUUUGCAUCUGAACUGGCUGUAGAUUGUGAAAACCUCCCUUGAUCCAACUCCCCCCAGAUGUGGCUUGAUGUAAGUAUUUGAUUGUACAGGGUCUAUCGCCUCUCCAGGCAGGAGUGGGCUGCUUUUUGUUUUUCGCUAAGCACCUCUGGAAGCCUCUUCUAUUAAAGGGAGAGAGGAAAUUUCAUUUCCAACUCCUGGAGCAGCUUGCUCUGGGAUGAGACAUCAGUCUGAGACAUAAACACUGGAGACCUCUUGUUUCCCCAGGGUCUCCGGAAAGGAAGAUAAACGAUGCCCAAUUUGGAUUAUAAAUCGAGGGGAUCCACUAAGGUUUAUCUGAUGGCAGCUUGAGGAUUCCUCCCAUCCCACUUGUUCUGCCCAGGGAGGCGGAGGUGUCGUCAGGCUGGAACAGAUGGCCAAAUGGCUGAAAGAUUACUUGAGUUUUGGGAGCAGGAGGUCUCCGCCACAGCCCCCCAAGCCCGACUACACGGAGAGUGAGAUUUUAAAGGCGUACAGGGCGCAGAAAAGCCUGGAUUUUGAGGACCCCUAUGAAGACAGUGACAGUAAACUGGAGCCGGAUCUUGGGGGGUCUGGCUCCCCAAAUCCGGCAGCUGUUGGGGGCUCCGCGGAAGGGAAAUACGCCUCCCCAAAACACAGGCUGAUCAAAGUGGAGUCCGCCGACCUGAACAGGAGCAAAGCUCUGUUGGCAGAUGAGGAGCUGAAAGGCAGGCAAAAGCAGGGCGACAGCGAAUACUCCGACCCCUUCGAUGCCUGCCGGGAGCAGCCAGGGGACGCCGAGGAGACGGUGCCGGAGAACAACGGCUACAUGGAGCCCUACGACGCCCAGCGGGUGGCAGCAGAUUUCCAGGGCCUAGGUGACUGGGAGGGCCGGCGGGGGAAGAAGCCCCAGCAGGGGCUGCAGCUUUAUGACACCCCCUACGAGGAGCAGGAGCAAGCCCCCGAGGGUGGCCCAGCCAGCCCAGCCCGCGAGAGCCGCCUGGACGAGUACGACCAGCCCUGGGAGUGGAAGAAGGACCACAUCUCCCGGGCCUUUGCUGNAGUGCAGUUUGAGAACCCCGAUUGGGAUCACCCUGCCUCCCUGCACAAAGAGCGCCGGCGGCCACCGAAGCAUCUGACAGCCGGCCUGAAGCACGGCCGGCCACAAAGCCCGGAGCGCAGCCCCCCCGUGGCCGAGCGCGUGGACCCCUCGCUGCCCCUGGAGAAGCAGGUCUGGUACCAUGGCUCCAUUAGCAGAGCGGAAGCCGAGACCCCGCUGACGCUGUGCAAGGAAGGCAGCGACCCACGACUACUCCCUGUCGCUCAGUGGCGGGCUGCAGCAAAGACAAGCAAUUUCACCAGGACCAGGGAGAGCAAGUUUGUGCUGGGCCAGAACAGCGCCCCCUUUGAGAGCAUCCCCGAGGUCAUCCACCACUACACGGCGCAGGAGCUGCCCGUCAAGGGGGCCGAGCACCUCUCGCUGCUCUACCCCGUCGCUGUGCAGACCCUCUGAGCCGGGGGCUGGAUGUUGGCUGACCACAUGGGGGUGAGGGCUGCUCCCGGAGCCACUGGCUCGACGACUGGGCCGAAGGAGGAAGGGCUGGUCCGGAGCCUGCAGCUGGGAGGCCUCAGCCCAGCAUCUCUGGCAAAGGGGGCUGCACUUGGCUGUGACCUGCUGCUUCGGCGCAAGGGACUCGUGCUCCGGAGAAGCAAUACCAGGGGCUCUGGCUGCCAUGCUGCAUCCGACACCCUGCCAUUGGCCCACCUGGCUCCAGGGGACGGCUGCUGUGCUGGGAGGGCCCGUAAGAGGAAAGGGGGGAGCCUGGGGCCACCCUGUCUAUCAACAUCUGGGAGCUUCUGCUGCGGAGCUUUGUCCCGGAGAUUGUCCUGCAGUGCUUCCUGCCUCCCUUUCCCCUCCGCCCCGCCUUGGUCUCGCCUACUCCGGCCGUGCCCUGCCCCUAAAAAUCCCCUCUGCCCUGCUCUAGGGGGGCUGUGUCCCAGCCUAGCCUGCUCUGAGACUCUCCCAAGCUGCUCCCUCCCUCCCGCCCAAUCAGCAUCCCCUUCGUGCCCCUCUGGGCAGGAUGGAGCCCACAGAUUCCCUUCCUUUGGGGAGUCCUGAGAGCUGCCACCGUGGGAGUGGGGUUUCUAGCACAUCCGGUCCUGGCCUGUCCCUGUCCUGGCCUGGGACACGCCCGCUACCCCCGGGAAGGCUCUGAGCACAAUGACCUGUAGAGACAGUAGAUUUGUGUACCUGUCCUACCCCCGGUGUCAUCUCACCUGAGUCAGCUCCUCCAAGAACCUCCCUGGCCGCAUGAGCCAGGCAGCCCCCCCCAUUCCAGGUGUGCGUGUGCGGGUCUGUCGCGCCGUGUGUGCUCUGUGCUGCCGUGUCCAUGCUGUACUCGUGCUGCCUUGGCAAAUAAGUUUCCAUUAAACACUGUUGUCCCGACUCGGCCCUCGCCCGUCAGCCUGCU